GGUUCCACUAUGCCGCCAUGUUUCCUGAAACAUGUUGCUUCAACAACGGCUUUCAGGGCCCAGUGCGGAAAAUUUCCGCGUUUCCUGGCAGCUGCGCCGGGAAAUUUGCCGCCCGUUGGUUGGCAGGUAUGCCGCAGCGAACGGUACGGGAAAACUUACUUCUGGAAUCCUCACACUGGAGAAUCGCGAUGGGAAUGUCCAGAUGCGAAUGCGGAAACCGUCCUCUCUUCAGAUUGGCAAGCAGUGUUUUCGGAGGCCCACGGCAAGCACUACUUCUGGCAUCAUCCCAGCGGCAAAACGCAAUGGGAAAUGCCGGUGUUGCGCGGAGCAGUUGCUUCGGAGGCAAUCGCGCAUGAAGAGACGGUCAAGUACCACCGGCAAACUUUCACUGGAGCACCUGGUGGCAAAGGUGUCGUUGAUUCUCCAAGAGCUGAACUUUUGAACCAAUGGCGUGACGUGCUGCACUCUGCCCCACUUGGAGAGGAGCUUCAAGGGGACAACCUCGAAGUGAUUAAGGAGCUCUUGCAGUAUCACCCUGCAGCGAAGGAAAAAAUUGGUCCUGGGCUUCAAGGCAUCAAGGUUGACUGGGCCCCGCCCAACCAUCACAAACCCAGUCGUUGCUUCUGGGUUUUGCGGACAGAUGGCUCUCAGGAGGAUUUCUCUGCCAGAAAGUGUGCCAGGAUGCUGGGGUUGAGGCCGAGAUGAAAA